AUGCAGUUGUCCUGUAAGCAGUGCACUUUUUCAGUAUAUGCAGAGUUCAACAGGAUUGCCUCCACAAACCUAGAGAGUGACUUCUUUGAUUCAUUAGACCGCUUCACACCACGGUUUUUCACCAUCUUCAAGUCCAAGAAAGGAAGUGUUGGAGAUAAAUUAGCUGAAAUUGUGCAGCAGAUCGAUUCAGCGAGGCAAGAUGUGACAGCACUUCGUACCCUUGUUCUCAGAGGCCUCCCAAUUCUACUUGGUGAUGAUCCAAGUGACUUCUACAACACUGCUUUUGUCUCAAACUGCAGUGAGGCCUGGGCAAAGGUGACUGUUGGCUUGGUGACCAUCAUCAACGAAGAUGCACCUGUGUCUUCAGAUCCUCUCCAUCUAAACCCACUGUCAACUGGCAUCAUUCUGGAAGGAGCUCCUGCCAUGUGUUUGGCGUUCCUUGACUUCCCACAGUCCUCUUGGGAGCAGGAGAUCCAAGCUCAGGGAUUAAUACCUGGAAAUGAAACGGAGACAGAGGUGGAUAUGGAGGAAAUAUUACUACUCCUUCUGUUGAUGAGGAGCCGCCGUCGCCGGCGUUCUAAAGUUAGGAGAACAUGGGUGAGGUCAUGGCUGCAAAAGAGGACAGGGCAAGGAGUUUAUGCUAAUCUUCUCCAAGAGAUGCGACUCGAAGACCCAGAAUCCUUCCGGCAAUACCACCGCCUGGACAGAGAAUCCUUCGGGAGGGUGUUGGAAAUGGUGGGUCCAUCGAUCCGCAAAGUUGAUACCACGAUGCGACAGAGUAUCAGUCCCGGAGAGAGGCUUGCCAUCACGCGCAGAUUCCUGGCUACAGGUGAAACAUUUCGAAGUCUGGCAUUUCAAUUCAGGAUUGGAGAAAGGACAGUCUCAAAUAUUGUUGAUGAGACAUGCCAGGCAUUGUACAGCACAAUGAGGGAGCAGUAUAUGAAGGUCCCGACAACGACAGGUGAAUGGAUGGAAAUUGCCAAGGAAUUAAAGGAGAGGUGGAUCCUUGUUGCGUCGGAGCAAUUGAUGGCAAACACAUUGCCAUCCAACAGCCAGAAAACAGUGGUUCAGAGUACUUCAACUACAAACAUUUCUUCAGUUCAGGGUGUUUUUGACAGCCUGGCCUGGGCUGGCCUGGGCUGGCCUGGGCCGGUGGUCAUCACCCUGUCGGCUGGAUAUCCUUGA